AUGGCACCAACAAUCGAUCUGAGUCUUCCAACAGCUCUAAUUCUCAUCGACAACCAAUCAGCUUUUACCAACCCGUCAACUGUCUCUCACUGGGGCGCAUCACGCUCCAAUCCUCACUAUGAAGCCAAUCUCCAAUCACUCCUAUCCACUUUUCGAGAUGCAGGAGUAUCCUCUUCAUUUCCGCUCGAGGUGAUUCACGUCUUUCACUCCUCUGACUCGUCUUCUUCCCCUCUUCACCCUUCACAUCCGGCGGGUGGGAUCCGACCGCUGGACUUUGCUGUCCCGGCAGCGGAUGGGUCGGAGCCUGUCUUUUGGAAGAAUGUCAACUCUUCCUUUAUUGGGACGGGUCUUGAGGCGCAUUUGAGACAGAAGGGGAUUAGGCAGAUCAUUGUUGCUGGCCUGACGACGGAUCACUGUGUCUCGACGACAGUUCGUAUGGCAGCGAACUUGGGCGUUGUGGAUCGUUUUUUGGAUGAAGGCCCUGUUCGAUUCAGGCCUGAUGGUACUCGUGAGAACGAGGUGCGCGUGGAAAAGGGGCGGAUAAUUCUUGUUUCUGAUGCGACUGCAACUUACAGCAAGGGGAAUUUUGAUGCGGAGACUGUACAUAAAGUCACUGUUGCUAGUCUUGAUGGCGAGUUUGCCGACGUGAUUGGAACUGAGGAGGUGGUUGAGGCCCUGAAGGGUAUCAUGAAGCCCUGA